UGCAUUGAUCUAUCUCCGUGUUGGCGCUGCUCUUGUCUCUGUUUGUUCCGUCGAGCUUUGAUUUCUUCACAGCGCGUACACUUCAUUCCUUGGUAAAAGUGGAACCAGACGUUUCCUGCUGUCCUCGAUCAACAUGGCGUCCAAACCUACGCCCGGCAUCCUGUACGUAACCAUGCAGCCCAAAGAGGGCUUGCCCGCCGCGCGGUUCCACGAUUGGUAAGUAACGUCGUCCGUCCGCGCAAGCAGAGUCCACGUCUUCCACUCCAUCGGGCACAGCAUCAGACGUCUUUGUCUGUCUAAACCUCACCUUGCGCUCACGCCUCCUCUCAGGUACAACAACGAGCACGGGCCCAACCGUCUCCGACUGAGCUUCUGCCGCAAUGGCUUCCGCUACCGUGCGAAUGACCUCGGCGGCCAAGAGAAGGGCAGCCAGGCGCAGCCGGAGUGGAUGGCUAUCUACGACAUCGACGAUAUGGAUUUGUUGACGAAAGACGUGUACACGCGGUUACGCAAGGAGCCGGUGCAAAGUCAGCGGGAACGCGAUACGAUGAAGCAGAUUCAUGUUGACCGCCGGUUCUACGAUGCUGUGGGCGAGGAGUGGGUCGGCGAGGAUUUCAAGGUGCUGGAAGACGUUGCGAACGAGGGGGAGGGGAACGUCAUGGUUGCUGUUUUCUUUACGUUGAAAGAGGGCGCGGGGAAGGAAGAUGAGUUGGGCAAGUGGUAUAGGGAGGAGCAUGUUGGUUUGCUGCAACAAGUACCCGGAUGGCGCCGGACGAGGCGCUUCGUGACGAGUUAUCUGGACUUGCAGGACGGGAAGGCGAAGGAGUUUCUCGCGUUGCAUGAAUACGCGCCGCGGAAUGGGCUGGGCGGUGAGGAGUUCGUGACGGCUACGUCGACGGCGUGGACAGAGAAGAUCGGCAAGGAGGUUGUGCAAAGCAAGAGGAGGAGAGUAUACGACCUCUAUUACAGCUUCGGCCCGGCACCGCGCGACCUGCAGUCUUUGUCCAGCCCCGACGCCAUCGAGACGGAAUCAACAGAUGGCGCGACGAAAACGUUUCCUGUAUCCUCGCCUCGCGCCGGCCCCGGCUCAGGAGGCGAUACUAGAUGCCCGGCUAUCGAAUCCUUCAUCACGACUGCGGAUGGCGUCGAUCUUCCCUACCGGCUGGAAGGCAGCGAAGAUCCCAACGCCCCAUGUCUGGUACUCGUCAACUCCAUCCUCGUGGACUACGGUAUAUGGCACGACUUCAUUUCCGCCUUCCAAUCCCUCACAGACCGGAAAUAUAGAAUCCUCCGAUACAACGCGCGCGGACGAUCUGCGCUCCCCCAGUCAGCCAAGCAGCCAGUCACAGUAGACACGCUUACAUCCGACAUCAUCGCGCUGCUCGACGCCCUGCGCGUAAAGAAAGCGUCCAUCGUCGGCGUCUCGCUCGGCGGCGCAACAGCUCUCAACGCAGGCCUGUCCCACCCAGACAGAAUCGAAAGCUUCAUCGCGUGCGAUACGAACUCCUUCGCCCCGCCCUCCAACCCCAAAGCAUGGGGCGAGCGCAUCGAAGUCGCCGAAAAAGAGGGCGCGAAAGCGUCCCUCUCAACCACCAGCGGGGAGGAACCCAUUGUUGGCGGCGAGCUCGCCGAGCUCACCGUGCGUCGCUGGUUUACGCAGGAAUCCUACGCGCAGCCCGAGCUGCAGGAGCGCAUUGAGAAGGUGAAGCAGAUGGUGCGCACGAACUCGCUUCCGGGGUUCAACGACGGCGUCAAAGCGCUAUAUGAGUACGAUUUCAGGGACAGAAUGGGGGGUUUUAGGGGCAAGGCGGCUUUUUUGGUGGGCGCGGGCGAUGGCGUGUUGCCGAAGACGAUGAAGGGGAUGGCGGAGAGCUUGGGGGAGGGAGGGGUGCAGUUGGAGGUUGUGGAUGGGGCGGGCCAUUUGCCGAUGGUGGAGAGGCCGAGGGAGGUUGCGCAGUUUGUGGCUACGUUUCUGGACGGUUGAGUAGCGCUGGCUUCGUGGUCUCCUGCUUUGAUAUUGAUCAGAUGGCGCAGCGGAGUCCAGUUGGAUUACGCUCCUGUUACACCGCAAUAGCGCGCGUCUCCCCGUAAGAAUAAAAUCGGG